GGAAGGCAGAAUACUGGACCCCAGCUAAGAACGACUGCUGUGACGUUAUUUCCGGGGGAUUGCGCAACAUCACCACACGAUACAUCAAGGUUUCUGGAUCGAUUGUCCAUUAAGGCAAAAGAUCAUUUAAGUCUACCACAACAGAUGGCGAGCCUAAUGCAGGUGGUUCAAUUUUUCCCUUAAUUUCAGCAGAAUUAAAAGGGGCCAUAUUUUAUUUCGGGCAGCAAAAAGGCCGGCAUUGAGGUAAGACAUUUUUGUUUUGAUACUCUCAUAUUUGAGAAAGUUUUUGCUGUCUGCAAAUUGAUUUGUGGUCUCUAGGCUGCUGGAAUCAGGUAAAAAUCUACCAAAAGAACAUUUUGGGUGUAUGUGUGGUGUUUUUCAGUAUUAACUGCCCAGGUACUGGUUGGGGCAUAUCUGCAUAACUGCUGUGGGGUUUAUUCGUUUAUUUUUUAACCGUAAGGGACUGUUAUUGCCCCUGCUAGAGGAUCUGUGAGUGAUUCAGACCAGUGGAGGGAGUUUCUGUGUAUGCCGGGUGGUUGUAGGAUAAUCUUGUAGCAGGCAGAUAUGGCCAAAAGUAUCUAGAGGGGAUUUAGAAUCAUUGUUUUUUUCAUUUGUGUUUGUUUUCUGUCUGUCUACUAAGUGGUGUUUGUUUUAAAAUUGCGACUCUAUAGGUUUCAUCCUUGAGAAAAUCUUUAGUUUGGGAGGAUUGUAUUGCUUUUAUUAUUACAAGUUUCAAUAUUGGAGGUUGGGUAACAAUCCGACCAAUCUGAAUUACAAACCAAGUUUCUAGCCCUUGCUGAGCGCUGAACAGGGGGAGCCUACGCCAUUUUGAAAUAGCCAGUGGCCAUUUUUGUCUUUAAGCACAUGUGCCAGCGGCCAUGUUGUCUUAGUUUUUGAAAAGGUAUAUUGGGCUAUUGGUGGGAGGCACAUCCCCUGCAUAUAACCCUAACAGUUGUUCUAUUGUAUAUAAUAGAUUUUCAUCUAUACAUUUCAUAACAGCAAAGUUCUCUUUGAACUUUUUGGAACAUUUUUUACAUUUUUGUUAUACCUCUGCUGUUCCCUGCAGUCUAUUGACUCCUACUUCCUCCAGGAUAGGGGGUUUUCCUAAGGAAGAGACCAUCACAUGGUGUUGUAAUUGUAAUUGUCCUUUUGUGUGAGUGAAGGAAGAGUGUUGCAUGGUUUACAACAUAAGGCUAUAUGUUAACUAGCUAUUUCUCUUUUUAUACUCCUUGUUUUCCUGCUCUUUCUCUCUUUAUUUUCCUCUCUUUAUCCUUCCUUCCGUCCUUUAUUAUCCCCAUCUCUCUCACUUUUCUCCAUUUCUCUCUUUUAAAACACUUUUGCUUACCCUCUCUCUCUCUCUCUGUCUAUAACUACCACACUAACUCUUUGCCUUGCUUUUGGCUAGCCCUCUUUUCUGUCUUAAUCUAUUCUCAAACCAACACAUUCUCUGUAGGUUUGGUUGGAAGACAUCUUUUCUGUCAUUGGAAGUCUGGUAGUGUAAGAUAGCUGCUGUCUGCUUAUGAAAGUUGCUGUUAUGAAGGAAAUUCCUGUUAAUUACGUCCAUAAGGACUGUGCUGCGAAGUCGGACUGUAUAGGGUGAAAAAACAGUGAACUGGUUAGCUUUUUGUGAGGAGAAAAAGUGGACCAAGCCUACUCGGGUUCAUCAAUUGUCGCGUGAGCUUUGUUCUCUUUUCUCUUCCCCUCAAGGUCCAUCUUAAGGGUGGAAGGUGUCCGUGGUUCGUAACAAAGCCCGGGGGUGGAGUUUGUGGGGAAAUUAUUGAGGACUGUUCCCUUUCUUGUUCGUGACCAGGUGUCCGCGGUUCGUACCGGAAGCUUGGGGGACGGGACUUGGGGAGGUGAACUGGGGAGGGGUUUCUCUGUUUCUAUCUGUUUUUCUAGACACUUUCUCUCAAAACCUAUUGGCCUGACUGGGGUGACCAGGUGUCUGUGGUUCGUACCGGAAUCCCUAGGAAGGUUCAACUAUAUCUCCCUUGUUCUCACUUCCUGUCGCUCCCUCUCACUUGCUGUCAACACUCCAGGCAUUGGGAACUCUUAUCCUGCAGUCAGGGCGCUGUUUUGAGCCAAUUUAGCACGAGGGAUAAGGAAGGUGUCCGUGGUUCGUACCUGUCCGGAUCCCUCGGCCGCUGAUCCUUCUCUCUGAGUGGGCUACGGUGGAUAAUGUCCGUGGUUCGUAUUUGAAGCCAUAGAGCUACUCAGAGGACGAACAGGUAAGGAUCGACGGCGGUCUGCGCAGUGGACGUAGACACUGUAGGUGGACGCAUCUACUUGGAAAAAGCUCGAGACUCGAGUAUUGGUGUAGGGAAAUCUAGGGAACAGAAGGGUACCACUUCUGAGUUCAGGACGGCUCAGCAGCACAUGAAAUCCACAUAUGGAGGAGGGACUGUUAAGCCCCUCAAAGAUUGGCACAAAUGGUCUUCAGGUUUAGAAUGGUCCAUCCCUAAGGAGGGGACGUUUGAGGUCUGGAUCUAGGAAAAGUUCGUCCGUGAGUUCCACUCCAGACUCCAAACACAUGGGUCUUUAGAGAAGGCCAAUUUGUGGUUACAGGAAUCUACCAAGCCUUAGCAGCAGGGCAUUCAAAAGUCUCAGACAGUAAGGUCAAACAUAAUCAUGUACUUCCUUCCAGCCAGAACUGCAGAAAGCAAUAAUGAUAAGGACGAGACAGAGCUGCAAACAGGUUUAAAUUUGCUAGCAACACAGGUCAUCUCAACAUCCUCAGCUCAUCUGUCUCCAUCACCAUCCCCACAUCUGGAAUCCGCAAAAGAUGCCUCUGACAAAACGGAUUACUGCCGCCUUGGAAAAUCCGAUUUGGUCACCUUAUGCGAAGCCAGAGGGUAGACAGCUGACGUGGACCCGGUUACCACAGGGGUCCAUGACUAGCCCAUCGGAAUAUAAUUGCAAGCUAAAGGUGGUAUUAGACCAGUGGGUGCCAGAGGAUCCGGAGGUCGCACUGUUACAAUAUGUGGGCGAUCUAUUAGUUUGUUGCCCGGACAAGGAUUCAUGCUAUAGACACACUAUCUCGCUACUGAACCAUCUGGCAUCCACUGGGAAUAAGGCUAGCAAGGAAAAAUUGCAGUUUUGUAAGGAGAAGGUUAUUUUUCUAGGCCUCUGUAUCUCAAAAGGGACCCAACACCUAACAACACAACAGAUACAGACUCUCAGACUUCACCCGACCUCGUAAUGCCCGACAGUUGAGAGCCCUUCUAGGUCUGAUCAAUUACAGCAGAGAUUGGAUCCCUAAUAUUUUAUUCAGAAUGGGUCCUCUCUAUACUUUGUGUUAUUACAGAAAGUUGGUGACAUAGUUUUAGAUUCCCCUCUAACCUUUCUCAUCCCACACUCUGUCCAAGAGAUUCUCAACCAGGUCCAAACCAAACAUCUUUCAGCAGCACGUCUGACCAAAUCUGAAGUGACUCUCCUUACCCCUACUAACCUCACACUGAGACGAUGUACAAUCCUCAAUCCCGCAUCUCUUCUCCCGACCCAUUCUGACUCGGAAGAAGAGGGGGGGACGAAGGGAUUGUGACUGACUCUAACCCAACCAUGACAGAACCAACAGACGAUCACAACUGUCUUGAACUCAUGGAACCCGAGACAGAAGCAGUACAACAUCCACCUCCAUGACGGGCGGAUCCACGCCAGCCACUGCAAGAAGCUGCUGGACUAUCAAGUGCAAUGAUCAGGUGCAUUGUUUCUAUAUACACUUGUUGUUUAAUGUAUUUUGGAUACUGUUAUGAGGAGUCACAUCCGAAUUUACUGUUCAAGAUGCAUUUACAAUUAGCAAAAACAGCAAAUAGGUCCAACUGCUGGGUGUGCUCCAAACCCACUCCGAGCCAGAGCAUCCCGGCAAUGGCGGCAGUACAUGCCCUUUAUGACAUCAGGGUGGGCAUGAGAAAGUUUAGUCCUUCAGGUAGAUCAGCGGAACGCCAUCUGUCCAUAGAAUUUAAUCAGACAUUCUUAGAUGGUAAUGUCACCUAUGGUCUUGAUGUCAGCCCCGAGGCUUGUACUAGACUUAGCAGACCCGUGUGGGUAUCCAGUCAAUUAGGCCAGUCCGGGAUUUGUUUUAAUAUCAGCUCUAGUUUUGGAGCCAAGUCCCUGGGGAGGACCGAAUGCCCAUCUGGGAUAACCAUCCAGAUCGACCAUAGAAUCCCUGACAAUAACAACCUAACCACCAGACAUGAUUAUGUCUGCUGGGGGGGAGGGUGUGACAUUCAGGAGGGUGCAGCAAUCCCAUUAUCCAUCCAGUUGUUGCGCAAUGCCCGUAACCGUAACCCCAAUGACCUUUGUGUCUCAUUAACUGGGCCCUAUUACUUUUUCUGCGGCCAGGCUGCCUAUAGAGCCGUUCCCCCGAAUACUAGAGGGUCAUGCUCCUUAGUCAGGUUAGUCCCUGCCUCCUACAUUGCCGACGGUCACAAGGACUUGAUGGUGCAGAGGAGGGUAAGUGUGGAAAGAAGGACCAGGAGAGAGCUAUUCUCCGCAGGGGACCGUGCAUGGGCAUGGUUUCCGGCAUGGACCGGAUGGGGUAUAGAACUUAUGAAUCGGCUAAAUAAUUUUUCCAUCAUAAUGGACGAGAUGUUUAAUGAGACAGUCGAAGCCAUGAAAGAAAUUUCUUCUGAACAAUGACAGCUGAAGACCCUUAUGCUUCAGGAGAAAAUGUCUCUCUACUAUCUUUUAGCAUCAAAGGGGGGUUUCUGUGAGUUAAUUGGGGAGGAUUGCUGUACCUGGGUGGAAGAUACUGGGGACAAGGUUCAGGCCCAUCUUGACAAGGUGAAAGCAUUACAGGGACAAGCACGCGCUAUUGCAGAGGAGGGUUGGAACCCCUUUAAAGGUUUAGGGGCUUCGGCGAUGUUGUCUUCUAUUGGAUCAUGGCUUAAAGAAGUUGGAGUGUAUGUCCUGAUGCUGCUCUGCUUUCUUUUCCUCCUCUAUGUGACGGCGAGAAUGACCUGUUGUUUGGUGAACCAAGUUGCAAAGAGCCGUGCAGAGGACCAUGUGAUGAUUCCAUAAAGAGCCAUCGCCUGAAGCAUCCGGAACCCUUUACCUCAGGAAGAUCAGCACAGGAAGAACCACCACCUUUUUU